AUGUUCAGUGCAUGUACUGGAGAUUUUGGUUCUCCGGAUCAUAUCAUAUCUUUUGAGGCCUGUUAUAAAAUUGGAAGCCCUGUUUCCAACUCAAUAUCCCUGUCCUCUGCCAAUGACAACCUCGAGAAUGUAUUCUGGAACUUGCAUGGUGCAAAGCCUCCUCCGGUGUAUCCAAAGCCUGAUUUCCAUUCCUUGUGCUUUAGUCUGACUCGAGAUGAGGGUGAAACUUUGGAAAACUGCACCAGUGCAUUUGAACUCAUGGAAUGUUUGCUUCACUCAAUACUAGGAUGGUUAGACCUAUACCAACAUGGUUUCGUGCAUAGGGAUAUCAGCAUUGGCAACAUACUCAAAUUGAAAUCAGCAGCAACUGCUUUUCGAAGGGACUUCUCUGCGCUCCCCGUUCGCAAUUUGAUUCUUCCAUCUUCGACCAAAGACAUCGGUUCUUUGAACUCUUUUCCUGAACUUAUUACCGCCAUCGAAAAUGACAAGCAUAGAUCAAUUGCCGAUAUUGCUUACAAAAUCCACAAACACGCGCAAGAGUUCACCUCAGGUGCUGGGUGUAAAGCGAUUUGGACAGAUGGGGAUAUGGGUGAGGGUAUGGCAGGAUAUUUCAAAAGAUUGGCACACGAUGGUACCGUGUCGGGGACGCCUCAGUUCAUAUCCAAGUGGUUCUUAAAUGAAUCCAAGAACAAGAUUCAAUCUCCAGCUGAUGAUAUAGAGUCUUUCUUAUGGGUUGGUCUCUGGUCAACCUUAAGAAACACAAAGUUUCCGAAGAGUGCAAAGAAGGAAAUACGAUGGUCCCAGAGCAUUGCUGAAGGCUAUACUUUUCGUGAGACCACAGCAAUUGAUAUACAGGAGGCUCUCGAUGACAUCAAGGAUGGCUUUCCACAGCCAUACAGCAAUUUGUUACACACGAUGGCUCCUAUAUUGGAUGAGUGGUUUGAUGCUAUACGCCAACUACGAAAGGACUGGAAACAGGGUUGGAAGACCACAAAUCGUGAUAGGGCAGAAGAUGUAAAUCUGCUCUGUCACUCUUUUGCCUAUCGCGGAGUCUUGGAUUUCAUUGAAAUCUUCCAGAGGCACAAGGAGGAUUUAAAGAAAACAGUAUCGUAA